AGGGCGGAGGGUAGUGGAAUGGGGGUCCCGCGGCAGCGCUGAAAGUCCGGGUGGGCGUCCAUGGCGCUGCUUCGCUGACAGGACCGUGAGCAGCCUGCCUUCCGCUCGCACCAGCUCCGCGUCGGAAUAGCCGGUCCUUCCCCGGGGAGCCAGUUCCUCCCCGGCCCCUGAGCCAUGCCCAUCGCGGCCGCCCCGGACGAGCCAGAGGGAAGAGUCUUGAACCUCAGGCUGAAGAGAAAGCAUCCAUACUAAUGGAGAAAAUUGAAGACCCAACCCCUUGACCAAGAAGAAAACAGAGGCUCAGGUUAUCUUUAGAUAAUAUUGUGGAGGUCUUGGAAGAAGCAGUUAUAAAACUGGCAAGUUUAACGCGCACGCGCGCUUGUUCAGGUUAUAAAGAACUUGGAUUGAUUGAGACUCCUUGUGGUGUGGAGUGUAAAUUAAUUAUCUGAAAGCAACUGAACGAUGGAGCCAGACAUCAUUCGAAUGUACUCUUCAUCCCCGCCACCACUAGACAAUGGAGCUGAGGAUGAUGAUGACGAUGAAUUUGGGGAAUUUGGUGGAUUUUCAGAAGUUAGCCCUUCUGGUGUAGGGUUUGUUGAUUUUGAUACACCAGAUUAUACUCGUCCCAAGGAAGAAUUUGUACCUUCAAACCAUUUUAUGCCAAUUCAUGAUUUCUCGGAAAAUGUAGAUAGCCUUACAAGCUUUAAAUCCAUUAAAAAUGGUAAUGAUAAGGACAUCACUGCUGAACUAACUUCUGUGAAAGAACAGUCUGAUGUUUUACUUUCUACCACCAGCAAAGAAAUAAUAUCUAAAACUUUAGCUACUUCUGUUGAUGGCAUGGAAAGUUCAGUAGAUUUAAAUAAAGUGGUGGAGCAGAGACAGAAUGUUGAAACACCUGAAAGUUUCUCUCCAGGAGAUUUUAGAACUGAUAUGAAUGUUCAUCAAACCAAGCGGUUAGAGAGCUGCAAUGGUGAAAAGCCUCCUUGUCUGGAGAUUCUAACAAAUGGGUUUGCAGUAUUGGAAACUGUAAAUCCUCAGGGAACAGAUGAUCUAGACAAUGUAGCUGAUUCAAAAGGACAAAAACCUCUUAGCACUCAUAGUACUGAAUUACCUAGUCCUGCUGAGGAAUUUGCAGAUUUUGCCACAUUUUCAAAAAAUGAGAGAAUACAACUAGAAGAAGUAGGAUGUGCAGUUUUAAAUGACAGAGAUGCCCUAACCAUUCAGGAAAACGAUAAAAUUAAUAGAGUCAGUGAACUGAAUUCUGUAAAAGAAGUAUCUUUGGGUAAUAGCUUUGAUAAUGAAGGAGACAUUGAUGGAGAGGAGCAGCCUUGUGUUUCAGAAAUAAACAUGAGUAACAGAGGUUUCAGUACUGAAAAACAAGGUCUUCCAACAUUGCAACAGGAUGAAUUUCUAAAUUCAAGCAUCCAAUCAAAGAGUUGGAGUUCGGUGGACUCGGUUGAUAAUUCAGAAACCAGUAAGAGAGAACAGUGUAAAACUGAGGCAAAACUUGACUUAUUUACUCCUAAAUGUUCUGACUUACGCAUGGAUUCAGUUAAAACUUCUGAUGAAGUUGAUUCUUCCAAAGAAGAAAGUAGAAAUUUUAUUAAUUCCCAAAACCCCGGCAUUGAUCCCACAGAAGAAGGUGUUUUGGAUGAUUCUAUAAGUGUGAAAAAUGAUGAUAGUAGUAAUGACUUUGUGACUUGCAACGAUACCAAUGAAGAUGAUUUUGGUGACUUUGGCACAGCAAGUGGCACAACUCCACCUUUUGUUAGUGGUACUCAAGAUUCAAUGAGCGAUGUCACUUUUGAAGAAUCCUCAGAGCACUUUCCACAUUUUGGUGAACCAGGUGAUGACUUUGGAGAAUUUGGGGAUACAAAUGCUGUUUCUUGUCAAGAGGAAAUUAUAUUUACUGAGUCAGAUCUAAAACAGACUUCUGAUAGUUUAUCAGAAGGAUGUAAAUUGGCAAGAAAGUCUACUGGGAUAGGCACUGAACCUGUAUCAAAACUGAAGAUUGGGCAAGAAGGUGAGUUUGGAGAUUUUGAUUCCGUGCCAAAUAUUCAAGAUGACUGUAGUACUUUCCAAGAUUCUGAUGAUUUUGCGGACUUCAGUUCAGCUGGUCCUAGCCAAGUUGUAGAUUGGAAUGCUUUUGAAGAUGGGCAGAAAGAUAAUUGUUCUUGGGCUGCCUUUGGAGACCAGCAGGCUACUGAAUCUUACCAUCGAAAGGAGGCCUGGCAGUCACAUAGGACAGAUGAAAAGAUUGAUACUCCAGGAACCCCCACAAUGCACCGUGUCCCUCUGACAACUCCCAAAGGAGCAGUUGUUGGUGACCAUUUACAAGAAUCAGCCACUUCAGUUCAGACAGCUUUAUUAAACCGCCUGGAGAGAAUUUUCGAAGCAUGUUUUCCUUCCAUAUUUGUCCCUGAUACUGAAGAAGAAGUUACUUCCCUAAAGCACUUGCUGGAAACAAGCACCUUGCAAAUAAAAACAAAAGAGGCCUUAGCUGAAAGUGGGGAACUGCUGGAUGUAUGGACCGAGCUACAGGAUAUCCAUGAUGCACAUGGUUUGCAGUAUCAGUGGGGUGGCUCCCAUAGCAACAAGAAGCUUUUGUGCUCCCUGGGAAUAGACACCCGAAACAUUCUCUUCACGGGCAAUAAGAAGCAGCCUGUUAUAGUGCCCAUGUAUGCAGCAGGGUUGGGUAUGUUAGAGCCCACCAAGGAACCAUUGAAACCACUAUCUGCUGCAGAAAAAAUUGCUUCCAUUGGUCAGACAACCACCAUGUCACCAGAAAUGAACACAUGUGCAUCUGACCAAUUCCAGGAGUCUCUACCACCCGUCCAGUUUGACUGGAGUAGCAGUGGCCUUACUAACCCUUUAGAUGGUGUGGAUCCAGAGUUGUAUGAGUUAACUACUUCUAAGAUGGAAAUCUCCACCUCGAGCCUCAAAGUAACUGAUGCUUUUGCAAGACUCAUGUCCACAGUAGAGAAGACAAGCACAUCUACCAGGAAACCGAAAAGAGAAGAGCACCUGAGUGAAGAAGCCAUCAAGGUGAUUGCUAGCCUUCCCGACUUAACGUUCAUGCAUGCCAAGGUGUUGAUGUUCCCCGCCACAUUGACACCUUCCACGAGCUCCCAGGAGAAAGCAGACUGAUACCAUGUGAACUGGACAGUUUCAAUUGCUUUUCCUUCCCUCCAUCCCUUCCCUACCAUCAAAAGCAUACUUGCUCUAAUUAAAAAAAUUCAAGUUGAGCUGAUUUGUUGGUAAGCCUCACUAGAAAGGUAUACAUAGUAAUGUAUAUUUAUUUACAUACUGAAGUCCUAAAUUUAUAUUAGAAAACAAUGUAAAUAAUUGGGGGUGAACAUUUUUGAAGAUUUAUUCUUUUUGUGUUGCUGGGGUGUAUACAUUUAUGUCUUUGUGAAAUACACUGGUGGUGUCCUUCUUACAAAAUUUUUGAAAUAAAAAAAGAAAAUUAAAAACUCAAAUCUCCACUGUCUGAAAUCCCCUUCAGUCUUUUCAGAUUGCAUUGACUGUGCUAUUAAUUUUUCAUAUCAUAUGUUGAAAUACUUUUGCUAUUAUAAUAAGUAAAUUCCAAAGUCUCCAUUUAAUUUUUUUUUUUUUUUAAUUUUCGUGUGGUGGGUUUAUUUCAGUUUCUGCACUCUUUUUUAAAUCUUUUCAGUCUGGCAUAUUGCUAUUUGACCUUUUGCAAGGUACUUCAUCAAUUGCUCUUUGGUGUAGGGUAUGAUCAUUGUUGGAAUUUGAUUGGAGGGGUUUAAAGAGAUUGUGUCUGUUUUAAUCAGUUUGGUUUGGAGAAGGACCAAAUUAUAUGAAUGUCUUACAAUGAAAUUUACUUGUUACUGAUUUUUUUGUUCUAUUGUACCACUGUUUUUGAGGAUUUUGCACAGUGUAAAAUGACAUAAUCAUAGAUUGCUAUGGUUUAGGCUGUAUAUACAGUAAAAACUAUGGGUUUUAAAUGUUUGGGGAAAUUCCUAUGGAAAAAAGAGAGACAUGUAGAAGAACCUCUAACAAGGUUAAUGUGCAUGCCAAGGUCUUUUGAGAUUUCAGUGUGUAAAUUUCCUUUUAGCUUACACAAAAAUAAAAUAAUUUAAAAG